CACACUAUUACUCGGCUAGCUCUGUUUGCGCAAGAUGGCGAGGGCAUCGUCCGUGUCCAUGGGUGUGGUCGCCGCCGCGGCGGUGCUGGUGUUCCUGUGCGCGACCGCCGUGCCGGCCGCCGCCCAGGGCAAGAAGGGGCUGCCGAAGAACUCCCACGUGAUCCACCCGGGGGGGUUCGGGAGGAGGGACCAGGUGCUCUCCUGCGACGACACAAAGGACGGCAACAGCCCCUGCGUCGCCCACUGCGACAAGCGCUGCCCCAACGAGUGCGUCGUCAUGUGCCCAGGCUGCAAAACCUACUGCAUGUGCGACUUCUACCCGGGAGUAUCCUGCGGGGACCCGCGCUUCACGGGCGCUGAUGGCAACAACUUCUACUUCCACGGCAAAAAGGACCAGAGCUUUUGUGUGGUCUCCGACGCCGAUCUCCAGAUCAACGCCCACUUCAUCGGGAAGCGCAACCCCGCCAUGAGCCGCGACUUCACCUGGAUCCAGGCCCUCGGCAUCCGCUUCGCUGACCAUCGCCUCUACAUGGGCGCCCAGAAGACCGUCAAGUGGGACAGCAACAUCGACCGCCUCGAGCUGGCCUUCGACGACAUGCCCAUCGAAAUCCCCACCGCAAUCGACGCCCAGUGGCAGUCCACCACCGUGCCCGCAUUGACCAUCACAAGGAGUGCCGCAACUAACGGCAUCAGGGUCCAACUCAAGGGAGUGUUCGACAUCUUGGCCAAUGUGGUGCCCAUCACAGAGAAGGACUCCCGCAUCCACAACUACGGCGUAACCGAGGAUGACAGCCUCGCGCACUUCGACAUCGGCUUCAAGUUCCACAGCCUCACCGACGAUGUCCACGGUGUGCUUGGCCAAACCUACCGCACCGACUAUGUCAACAAGCUCAGUGUCAGCACCAACAUGCCAAUUAUGGGCGGCACCUCUACCUACGUCACCUCCGACAUCUUUUCCACCGACUGCAAGGUCGCCCGGUUUGGCCGUUCUUCUGGUAUCUCCAUGGUCACUGGCAUGGCCACUUAAGCACCAUAUCUCAACGGCUGGCUCUAAGUGUCUUAACAUGACAUCGUAGAGUUAGCCCAGGAAUAAUCAAUACCUAUCUUCGACAGGCCGGUACCAUCAUGAUACACACGAUCAUGUUAUCUUAAUACCCACAUAAGCAUGGUUUGUUCAAUUGAUAUUUAAAUGAAAUAAAAGUGUUCACGAA